AUGCAUCCACCAACCGGCCCCACACUCGUUUCUCUCUUGUUUCUGUGUCGACUUGUAGCGUCAAGACAAGUCCAUCAGCUUGUUUACUCUCCUUUGUCUCAUCUCGACGACUGGGCGGGUGUACAGGGAUUCGAAGCCAGUCUUCGUGCAUCCCAAAGCCGCCAGUUGUCGUCACAAGUACACCCAACUCCGUCGUCGAGUCUUGUUGUUAAUCGCGCCCCGGAUUCAGUCCCAACGGCCCUGCGAGUAGCGCACCAACGACGGGGAACAUUUACUUCCAAUGUGUGCCCUAUCAACACUCAAACGACCGUCUUUGUCUCUGUCGAUGGCUCAAAUACGAUUACCCUCUCGUCGACGGUUGGUCCGCGUGCAACGGGCAUCCCCGGCGACGCAGGGACAUCGGACGGCGCAGACUCGUCUGGCAACUCGUCUGGGACCCUAAACACGGGCGGUGAAAGCUUGUCCAACAAAGAAGGCCUUAUCACCGGACUCGUUAUCGUCGUCGUCAUCUUAUUGGCCUCGUUCUGUGCUCUUUGCAGUUACUUUUACAAGAAACGGCGGAAUGCUCAACUCCAGCGUCUCUCCCUUCGCCAGCCAGGGACUACAUCGGCAGAUCUUGUUAGACAAAUGGGCACAAAGGGUCUCCUCAAUCUCUCCUCCUCUCGUCCAAUUCUCCGACGCCCACAUCUCCCCUCGACAUCCUUGUUCACUGGCCUCGUUCACCGCAUAAAGGCGCGUAUAAACAAAUCCCCGGAAACGCGCCGGGACAGCCAGAGUAGCGAGCUUCUCGAAUGGAAGCGCCAAGUUGCCCACAAUCGUUGGUCAGAGGUCAAUGAACCCGUGGGAUACGGCCGUUUGGAGAAAUCCCAUUCACAACAGGACAGGCAGAUUUCCCCGCAAUCAGGUCCAGAGGUUAUCACUUCCCCACCCAUCUCCGUCCUUGCCCUCCCCUCUGCCCCUGCAAAGGCCGCUUCGACCACGUCCACGAGUGGAAACACCUUUGGCGCACGCUCAUCGACUGGGAGUGCUAUAACUGCAGAUUUUGUCCCGUUUGUCCAACGCAGAGUCUCCGCUCAUCCGCCAUUGCCUCAUGCACGUCUCUCCGCCGUCCGACCACCAAUCCCAACCGAACAAGCCGUCCGGCUCGAUUCCUCAUCAGAUCUCGGUCGCGAUUCGUCACCCCGGAGAAAUUCAAAGGGCGAGCCACUCAGUCCGUCUGCAUGGAUCGCCGGCUUUGGUCCGACAGCGUCCUCGUCGGCGGCGGGCGCCACCAAUGCCGAUCCAUUCAAUAACCCGUCCUACGUCUCAAGCAGUGGUCACGAUGAGCGUCUCUCAGACGCUGCGAGUCCCAUGAGUAGCGCUUAUUCGCUCAAUUCCGAUCCAGUCGUUGCCAGAGGUCGUCCGCGUAGUCAGACGUAUCAACACCACGCACAUACACGCGAACAGCUCUCGAUGGUGGCAGAAGUGGGCGAAGUCGUUCGUCCAGAUGGUGCCUCGGAUAUCAUGUCUGCCCUCGGUUCUGCAUUUGGCGAUCGACCGACCAGUCGCCAGAGCGACUCGACUACAAACGAAUUCGAAGACGAGCGAUGGACACAAGUCGUCCACUAUCACCCACUCUCCGACGUCGAAGAAGUCCUUACCCCUGUCGCAGAUGAGCGUCUCUCGAUCCAGCCAGGUCAACCACUCGCCUGGCGAUCCCUCCACGAUUCGCUAGGCAGUCUAACACCACGAAGAAUGGACGUUUCCUUGUCUCCAACUUCCCCACGUUUCCGACGCUCCGUAGAGAUUCAAACCACUGCGACCGCAAAUGUACCCAGCCCACUCUCUUCAGAGACAACUCCACCACGAUUCGAGAAUCCAUUCACCGACGACGCAAGUCUUGCAAACGCUGCGGCCAUGAUCCCCCCAGCCCCACGCGCCCCCGCUGGUUAUAGUAGACGACCGCCUGGUGCGUACAGCCGCAAGUCAGAGGCUACAUCCCUCCACAAUGGCAUCCUCCCUAGCGAAAAGUCGGGUUCCAUCUCCAUCACCGGCACGUCUAUCGCCCGUCCUGGAUCCAUCGACACUUCAGAGUGGGACGACCCGGCUGUUCGCAAACGCGAGGAAGAAAAUCUCUUCUAUCGUGCACCUUCUUCUGCGUCUGUAAUUAGAUGA